AUUUCCUUGAUUUUAAAAUAAAAAAUAUUACUUAAAAGUUUGAACGUAGUUUCUAUAUCAAGAUGCAGAACGUUGAUCAAGGAGAACAUAUGUUGGCGUUAAAAGUAAUGCGUUUAACUCGUCCGACACUGGUUAGUCCUCAAGUUAUUACAUGUGAGGUGAAAGAUAUGCCACAAUCAAGUUUUCGACAGGUGCUCGAUAAUGAAGGGACAACUGUUUCAGGUGCAGAAACUGUAGCUGCAGGUCAAUUUAUGUUAUUGCCACAAUCGUUUGGUAAUAUAUAUUUGGGUGAAACUUUUGCCAGUUACAUAUGUGUACACAAUUGUACAACGCAUCCGGUAGAAGGUGUUAGUGUUAAAGCAGAUUUACAAUCCAACACGACACGUAUUAAUCUGUUAAUGCAUGAAAAGAAAACACAAUCUGUAUUGCUGGGACCAGAGGAAACAAUAGAUGAUGUUAUUCGCUAUGAAGUUAAAGAAAUCGGCACUCAUAUUUUAGUUUGUGAAGUCAAUUACAAUACUCUUGCUGGAUUUCCACAAAAUUUUCGCAAAUUUUUUAAAUUUCAAGUACUUAAACCACUUGAUGUAAAAACCAAGUUUAUUAAUGCUGAAAUGGAUGAAUGCUAUUUAGAGGCGCAGAUACAAAACAUAACAACUGGACCCUUUUGUUUGGAGAAAGUGGAAUUAGAUAGUUCAGAACACUACACUGUUACUUCUUUAAAUACUCUGCCAAAUGGAGAGUCAGUGUUUUCCACAAAAAAUAUGUUGCAACCAAACAAUAGCUGUCAAUUUCUUUAUUGCAUUAAGCCAAAACCAAGUAUUGCGAAAGAUAUCAAGGAACUUAGACAAGCGAGUGCUGUGGGUAAACUUGAUAUAGUUUGGCGUUCGAAUCUUGGCGAAAAAGGUCGCUUACAAACAAGUCAAUUGCAGCGUUUACCUUUUGAAUAUAAAGAUGUGCGUUUAGAAAUCAUCGAUGCAGAGAAUAUUGUUAAAAUAAGUGAACCUUUCACUUUUCAAUGCCGCGUAACAAAUACCACUGAACGUCCGAUGGACCUCGUAGUUAAAUUGGAGACAAAACUAAGUAAUAAGUGUGAUUAUACUGGAAGUGCACAGUUUUCAAUAGGAAAUUUAGAUCCAGGGCAGAGCAAUGAAUUCCCUUUAACUAUAUGUCCCAAUAGGCUGGGUCUUAUUAAAAUAUCUCCACUUAUAUUAAUAAAUAAGUUAUUGCAGGAAAAGUACACAAUCGAUAAGGUUGUAGAUGUGUUUGUUGUUGAUGCGGAUUACCAUGAAGAUAGCACAUUCCAAAUAAAUAAAUUUGUACGUUACGACAAUGCGCUACAAGUACUUUCAGAAGAACAAUCAUUAAGUUUACAAGUUGUCUGAAAAGUGAUUUGUUUAAAGAUAUUUAAAAAAUUUUGAAUCGUUUUUGAUUAUA